CAAAAUUACAUUUUUGUACAAGAUUAUUAGAGACGAUUCUGAGAAAUUCUCGUUGCAUUUCAUAAGGACACCUAACCAUGCAUCGCUGGUUUUUUGCCACCGAACGGGAGGAGUGUGAUGUAAGGCCCCAAGAGGACUUAGUAAAGAGCACCCAGGAGCAAGAGGAGUCCAAUCCAAUACCAAUUCCGACUACUUAUUGGCCCUUUUGCGUCAAAUUCCACCGUCGACUUCUUGGCAACGAGUAUGUGGCCAUAAGUGGCAAUUGUGAUUCUCUCGGAAACUGGGAUCCCAAGGAUGUCUACGUCCUGGCGAAGUGUGAGUGCCCAGAGUGCUUAUGCAAGUGCUUUCAGUUCGAGGCGACCUUGGAGAUACCCCGAAACAUCGACAUCCAUUACCGCUACUGUGUAGUUGUAUACGAUCCGAAGUCGGAUGAAGUAUAUAUCCGCUUUUGGGAAUCACAACUCAAGCCUAGGGUCAUUCGCACAUGCCAGAACAUGCUGAAGCGCUGUGACAACUUUGGGACACCACACGAGGACGACGAGAAUAACAAGGUGGAUCGCGGAUGGGCCACCACCGAGACCAUUGUCCACCUAAAGAUCUUUAAUGCUCCUUUUAUAUGGCAGCGUCAGAAGCAGAGGCUUCUGUAUGUCCAUAUUCAGCCAAUGUUUGAGGUGGCGGAAGAUCGUUGCUCUGACCCGGCGAACCCCAUCAAAGCGGGUUCGUCGAAUACGCGCUUAUCGGGCUUUAUUGAUAUUCACCAAACGAAAACCGCCGAUCUUCAGCUUCGAAUGGCCCAAGUCGAGGUGGUGAACCUUUGCUCCCAAAAAACACUGUCUAAUCAGCCGGAGACUGGAGUACGAUGUGGGCCGAAGGACAUGGAGUUGUUCCACUGCUCGAUCGCCUUUCCAGCGGAAACGAUAUACCGCUUGGACCUGUACACCUAUGCUCAUAAAGCAGGUCAAGACGAACCACCCUACCAUUACGGCUAUGGCUUCCUAAUGCCAGAUCAAAUGGUGGACACCGAGGGCUCUGUCCGAGUGAAGAUCACCUGUGCUUCCACCCACCGCCCUCUAAUUGAGAUGUGUGUGCGAUACCUAUUAAUCAGGCCCUUGGCCAGUUUCAAGUGUGAUUUGAGCCACAGCUACGAGCGUUACUGGCGCAAAAACCGUCUGUGCAUGAACAUCGGCCAUAAGGGAUCGGGAAAUACCUACAGGCUUGGAGCUGAUUUGAUUAGGGAGAAUACUCUAUAUGGCUUUAGACAGGCUGCCCUGGCCAAUGCGGAUAUGGUGGAGAUGGAUGUACAUCUCACCCAGGAUGCCCAAGUGGUGGUAUACCAUGACUUUGUCCUCCGAUUCCUGCUGCAGCGAAUGCCCAGCUAUGAGGAUCUCCUCGAAAAUCAGGACCUGCAGAUCUUUGCCUUUGAAAAACUGAACAGACUUAUGCUGCUGGCUAUGGGAGGCUUAAAGCGAAACAAUCUAAUUGCCGUGCCUCUAGAGGCAUUCACCUACGAUCAGCUUAAGGAUGUGAGAAUGCUGAGGUUUGCUGGUAGAAAGGGUUGCGAGUCGUCCUGCGAUCGGAUGCUUCAGGAGCAGCGUCCCUUUCCCUUGCUCUUGGACCUCCUUGAUCCGGAAAGUCUGCCUCUGGGUAUGGGCUUUUUAAUCGAAAUCAAAUGGCCUCAGUUGACUAAUUCACGGCGCUGGGAGAGUGGCAGUUUCAAGUCCACCUUCGACCGAAACUUCUAUGUGGACACCAUCCUGGAGACAGUCCUGAAGAAUGCCGGCCAGCGUCGUAUCAUCUUCUGCAGCUUCGAUGCCGACAUUUGUGUCAUGGUUCGGUAUAAGCAGAAUAUCUAUCCAGUGACUCUCCUCAUAGAAGAUCCAAGCUCGCCGGUUCAGUAUGCAGAUCAGAGAGUAAAUGUUUUGGACUACGCCGUGGAACUUUGUCACUCCCUGGAGUUCUUGGGGAUGACCCUUCAUCUCAACUCACUGCUAAAUAAGCCAGAGACAAUGGCUAACCUGCAUCAGUUCGGUCUUGAGGCUUUUGUCUACGGCCCUCCCGCCACAAGCCUAACCGUUCGUAACAGACUGAAGAAACAUGGAGUGCUGGGCAUCAUCUACGAUCGCAUGGACCAACUGGACCAAGUCGGCGAUGAAAUCGAGGGGGAAACGAUAUGUACCAUUGAUUCGGUGACCACAAGACGCUUGAUCAGGGAAAUAGAGGUGGAGGAAUGGCAGCAGAAGUGUGGCUACAAGCGAGAAUCCGUCGUCGUAGAGCGUAACAUUUACAUCGAUUGAUGGUCUCUAACCCGAUUUUACCCCGCUGACUAAUAAAGUACCUAAAGUUA